CAUUGUAACCAAUGGGAAACAGCGACAGACUGUCCAAUGGCGGGCGGUGUCGAAUAUAUAACAGGAACACAAACACUUCAAUGUGAGCAGUGACAGGGAGAUCAGUGGUAGAGCAGCUCUCUGCACUGAUAUAGUCAGGGAGGACAAUCCUCUGCUGCACAUUGUACACUGAACACCCAUGUGAUGCACUCACUUGGGGAUGAAAUCAAAGGCUUCAAGAAAAACAGACUUAAGAAACAAUGUACCAGAGUUACAACCUUAUCUGGGAAGAGAAUUAUAGAGACUUGGAAAGAUUCUCUAGUGCAUGUGGUGGAUGAUCCAGAUCAGCAGGAUGGGCCCGCCUGUGGAUAUGUGCAGGACCUCAGCAUGGACCUACAAAUUGGGGUCAUCAAGCCAUGGCUUUUACUUGGGUCACAAGAUGUUGCACAGGACCUUGAUGUAUUGAAAAAGUAUAAGGUCACACACAUCUUGAAUGUGGCAUAUGGAGUAGAAAAUGUUUUUCCAGAUGAAUUCACCUACAAGAAACUUUCCAUCCUUGAUCUUCCAGAGACUGACAUAACAUCAUAUUUCCAAGAAUGCUUUGAUUUCAUAGAAGUAGCAAGGCUACGGAAUGGUGUGGUACUCGUCCACUGUAAUGCAGGAGUGUCUCGCGCACCAGCAAUAAUCAUUGGUUAUUUGAUGUAUAGUGAGAAACUUAAUUUUGCCAGAGCCUUUUCAGUAGUUAAAAAUGCAAGGCCUGCAGUGUGUCCAAACUCGGGAUUCAUGGAGCAGCUCCACAAGUACCAAGACCACAGAAGACAGCAAACAGAUGUUAUUCAUGAAAAAACUGAUUGACAGUCAUUGUGAUAUCUGUUUAUCCAUGUUUGUGUCUUAUCAAUAGUUGUGUAGGUUUCUCUUUUGUAAAAAAAAUAAAUAAAGAUGUGUGUGUCCAACAUUUUUUUU